AUGUGGGAUAGAAAGAUGAUCAUUAGACCGGUUCCAAAAUCGAAAACCCGACAAAAACCGGACCUAGAACCGGAUCCCGUAGAACCGUCGGAUCGGUUUCUUGAUUUUGGCCGAAGCUGGUUCCCGAGUUGGGCCGGUUCCGACGGGUUCGCUGGCAACAUCAGUCCCAAAAUUUCUCAAGGAUUUCAAUCGUACACCUGGUUUGGUAUCUCCGAUCCACGCGGUUUCCGCCGUCUUCAAAGCACACUAAUCUUCAUCAAAGUGAUUACAAGAAUUGGUAAUCUGGCAAUGUCGAGGCCACUUCUAUUAGUUUCCUUGCUGUUGUUGAUGAUCUUCACUUCUCAAUUUGAAUGGAAUCAGCAUAUUGUAAAUGAGGUUGAAGCAAGGCCAUUGGCUCUUUUACAAAAGCAGCAAUAUGUAUUAGAGAGGGAAGAAUCCAUCAAAGAAAAGAUAAUCCUAUCUCAAGAGAAACAAAUUCAAAAGCUUAAAGCACUGGUGCAAUCUCUUCAAGAACAGUUGCUAGUAUGCAGGGGCAAAGAUGACAUUGUGAACGACACUACAGGAUCUUUAACUGAACUACUAAAUGAACUUAAUCAUCACCAAAUCAUGGAGUAA